AUGACGCACCGUGUGACGUCAUCUGCAGAGCGUGCCCUGCGGAUUGUUGAGAAGUCGUCAAGAGUACGGGUGCAGGAUCUCCGGGAUAACAUUGGGGCUAAGACGGCUGGUCGGCAAGUAACGAAAUAUGCAAAUCAAGCAGGUCAUACUCGAGGUGCCCUGCAGCACGCCGCUAAACCUCCUCUGGGAUGGAUCUGGGGAAACUUUUUCCACCCAUGGCAAAGGCUGUUCCCUGGCGAAAAAUACUUCAAUGCUGACAUAAAUGUUCGACGGGAAUACGUUCCAUUAUCUCUGGCAGAGCUUUCUCGUCUCAUUGACUUAGGAUGGGUAGAUCCGACAUUGCCUAUAGAUGUUGCUGCACUAUGCCGCACACAAAAGUUCCAAAUCAAGCCGAAAUUACGACAGUGUGGCUUCGAUCUCACUGCCGAGGGUGCGGACGAUUUCACUCACAAAAUUGACAUUGAAGUUCAAUAUGCCUCUCAAACGGCUAUCUCCGCUGUGGAGAAGAGUGGUGGACGAAUUCGAGUAGCGUAUUAUGAUCCAGAGUCUCUACAGGCUGCUGUAGAUCCUAAAGCAUGGUUUUUGUCUGGGCGUCCAGUGCCAGCACGUAAAGCACCACCUCCGUCAUUAUUAGAGUAUUAUCGUAAUGCAUCUAAUCGUGGUUACUUGGCCGAAGUAGAAGAGCUAGUUGAUGCUAGAGAACGACUUGCACUCGUCAUGGGAUAUGAUUUACCGACGGCCGAGAUUUGCGCUGGAGAAAAAGGGCCAUCACAGGUUUUCCAUGGUAUUCCACCUGGAGCAGUGGUGUCUCUGAGUGACAGGAAAGUAUUCUUACCGACUCAUCCUGUAGUAAGAGAUUAUUACCAAAAAAGCUUUGUGGCUGACAAACAGUUCCCGUAA